GCAAGAGGGGGGUGGAGAGGGGGAGGAGGGAGAGGAGGAGGAGGAGGGGGGAGAAGAACAGGGUGCGUCGCCGAUAAGACCAUGAGGAAAUUUAACAUCAGGAAGGUGUUGGACGGCCUGACAGCGGGCUCGUCUUCCUCCUCUUCGGCUACCUCCUCCUCGCAACAACAGCAGACUGCAACGCGGGAGAAUGACAUCCAGGAGACCCUACAGUCCGAGCACUUUCAGCUCUGCAAGACUGUACGCCAUGGUUUCCCCUAUCAGCCUUCAGCCUUGGCUUUUGAUCCUGUUCAGAAGAUCCUUGCUGUUGGGACACAGACUGGAGCUUUAAGGCUAUUUGGUCGUCCAGGAGUUGAAUGCUACUGCCAACAUGAUAGUGGUGCUGCAGUAAUUCAGCUUCAGUUUCUGAUCAAUGAGGGAGCCCUUGUGAGUGCCUUGGCUGAUGAUACCCUACACUUAUGGAACUUGCGUCAGAAGAGGCCUGCUAUACUUCAUUCUUUAAAAUUUAACAGAGAAAGGGUAACAUUUUGUCAUCUGCCUUUCCAGAGUAAAUGGCUGUAUGUGGGUACUGAAAGAGGAAAUAUACACAUUGUCAAUGUAGAAUCCUUCUCUCUCUCAGGCUAUGUCAUCAUGUGGAAUAAAGCCAUUGAACUUUCAUCCAAGUCUCAUCCUGGGCCUGUUGUCCAUAUUAGUGACAAUCCAAUGGAUGAAGGCAAGCUCUUGAUUGGUUUUGAAUCAGGAACAGUGGUACUAUGGGAUCUCAAAUCCAAGAAAGGAGAAUACAGAUACACACAUGAUGAGGCAAUCCAUUCUGUAGCUUGGCAUCACGAAGGAAAACAGUUUAUUUGUAGCCAUUCAGAUGGCACCUUGACUAUAUGGAAUGUAAGGAAUCCUACCAAGCCAUUGCAGACAAUCACUCCACAUGGAAAGCAGGUAAAAGAUGGAAAGAAGCCAGAGCCUUGUAAACCUAUUCUUAAAGUGGAAUACAAAACUACCAGAGCAGGAGAACCUUUUAUCAUCUUAUCAGGUGGUUUAUCAUAUGACACUGUAGGGAGGAGGCCCUGUUUAACAGUUAUGCAUGGAAAGAGCACUGCUGUUUUAGAAAUGGAUUAUUCAAUAGUUGAUUUUCUAACCCUCUGUGAAACUCCAUACCCUAAUGAUUUCCAAGAGCCAUAUGCUGUGGUCGUUCUUCUAGAAAAAGAUUUAGUGCUAAUUGAUCUUGCACAAAAUGGGUAUCCUAUAUUUGAAAAUCCCUAUCCAUUGAGUAUACAUGAAUCUCCAGUCACUUGUUGUGAAUAUUUUGCUGACUGCCCUGUGGACCUUAUUCCAGCACUUUAUUCAGUUGGGGCUCGACAAAAGCGUCAAGGUUAUAGUAAAAAGGAGUGGCCUAUCAAUGGUGGUAACUGGGGUUUAGUCACACAGAGUUAUCCAGAAAUCAUCAUUACUGGACAUGCUGAUGGAUCAAUUAAGUUCUGGGAUGCUUCUGCAAUAACAUUGCAGGUGCUAUACAAAUUAAAAACAGCAAAAGUCUUUGAAAAAUCUCGAAAUAAAGAUGACAGGCCCAGCACAGAUAUUGUAGAUGAAGACCCAUAUGCCAUUCAGAUCAUCUCAUGGUGUGCAGAAAGCAGAAUGCUCUGCAUAGCAGGAGUUUCUGCACAUGUCAUUGUAUAUAGAUUCAGUAAACAAGACAUUACAACAGAAGUUAUUCCGAUGCUUGAAGUACGGCUGUUGUAUGAAAUAAAUUACAUAGAAUCCCCAGAUCCCGAGCAAUUACCACCACUGCCUACUCCAAACACAGGUUCCAAUCCACAGUCCAUUGCACCCCAGUCUCACCCAUCUACUAGUAGCAGCUCAUCUGAUGGGCUUCGUGAUAAUGUCCCAUGUUUAAAAGUUAAAAACUCUUCCCUCAAGCAGUCUCAAGGCUAUCAGGUUGAACUGGUUAUUCAGUUAGUAUGGGUGAGUGGAGAACCUCCUCAGCAAAUAACGAGCCUUGCAAUCAAUUCUGCCUAUGGCUUAGUAGUAUUUGGCAAUUGUAAUGGUAUCGCAAUGGUUGAUUACAUCCAAAAAACUACCCUCUUAAACCUUGGCACCGUUGAAUUGUAUGGCUCUAAUGAUCCUUAUAGAAGGGAACCUCGAUCGCCACGUAAAAGCAGACAGCCAUCUGGAGCAGGUCUUUGUGACAUUAAUGAAAGUACAACUGUGCAAGAGGAUCGUUGCAAAUCACCCACCUCAGGUUCUGGUUCUCCCAACAAUUCUGAUGAUGAUCAAAAAAUGAAUAAUUUUAUAGAAAAGGUGAAGACCAAAGGCAGAAAGUUUUCCAAGAUGGUAGCCAGUGAUAUAGCAAAGAUGUCUAGAAAAUUAAGCUUACCAACUGAACUGAAACCUGAGUUAGAUGUUAGAGACAACUCCUUCAGCCGAUCCAGGAGUUCUAGUGUAACAAGCAUUGAUAAAGAAUCUCGAGAAGCAAUCUCAGCUCUUCAUUUCUGUGAGACUUUCACACGGAAAGCUGAUACAGCACCUUCACCAUGCUUAUGGGUUGGAACAACGUUGGGCACAGUAUUAGUCAUUGCAUUAAAUUUACCCCCAGGAGGAGAACAAAGACUACUUCAGCCAGUAAUUGUAUCUCCCAGUGGAACUAUUCUGAGGCUUAAAGGAGCAAUCUUGAGAAUGGCUUUUUUGGACACCACAGGAUCAUUAGUUCCACCAGCAUAUGAAACCUGGAGAGAACCCAAUGUUCCUGAAGACAAGGAUGAAAAGGAUAAAUUGAAAAAACGCCGACCUGUCUCAGUAUCUCCUUCAUCCUCUCAGGAAAUCAGUGAAAACCAAUAUGCAGUGAUAUGUUCAGAAAAGCAAGCAAAAGUGAUUUCACUGCCCUCACAAAACUGUACUUAUAAGCAGAAUAUAACAGAGACUUCAUUUGUCCUACGUGGAGAUAUAGUGGCACUGAGUAACAGUAUCUGUCUUGCUUGUUUCUGUGCCAAUGGACAUAUAAUGACUUUUAGUUUGCCAAGUUUAAGGCCUCUGCUAGAUGUAUAUUACUUACCACUUACCAACAUGCGGAUAGCCAGAACAUUUUGUUUCACCAACAACGGCCAAGCAUUAUAUCUUGUUUCACCUACUGAAAUUCAGAGAAUCACCUAUAGUCAAGACACAUGUGAAAAUCUGCAGGAAAUGUUGGGAGAGCUAUUCACACCAGUAGAAACACCGGAGGCACCAAACAGAGGGUUCUUCAAAGGCCUGUUUGGAGGUGGUGCACAGUCACUGGACAGAGAGGAGUUGUUUGGAGAAUCAGCUGCUGGAAAGGCAUCAAGGAGUCUUGCCCAGCACAUUCCAGGUCCUGGUGGUAUUGAAGGGGUCAAAGGAGCAGCAUCUGGAAUAGUUUGCGAAUUGGCCCGAGCCAGAAUAGCACUAGAUGAAAGAGGGCAGAAGCUGGGUGAGCUAGAAGAACGAACAGCAGCUAUGUUAGCCAGUGCUGAUUCUUUCUCAAAGCAUGCACAUGAGAUGAUGCUGAAAUGCAAAGAUAAGAAAUGGUACCAGUUCUGACAACACAUUUUAAAAUGUUUCUGUGUAACUUUACCAUGAAGGGGGGAAAAAAUUUCAUUAACUUCUGCAGGAUCAGCAGAACUAGAAGGAUGUCAGCCAAUGUAUCCUGAUGUUUCCUAGCACAAAUCACACACUGUUUUACCUCAGUCAUACAGCUUUAAACUGAGGAUCGUUCUGUUUAAAACUGACACCCACAUAGUGUGUGUUACCUAUACUGGGAGCUUGGGAACAGAGUUGUUAAAGAGAACACAUGGACAAAAAAUAAAAUUCGGUAUCAGAUGAACAGGGGCACUGCAGGAUCUAUCCUGUGUUAAUAUUCCAUAUGCCAAAUGUUUUGUGCUAUCGUUGUUGCUGCCAGUGUUUCACCCUCCUGUAGGAGGAUGCAAUAAGUCAGGGGUCCAAGAGCUUGAAAACAGUUGUUCAACUUACAGGACUACUAGUAACUGAUCUACACCUUCCCUCCUUAGAGCACAUCAUAAUAAUUGUUACUAGAGAUGACUUUCUCUGCUACCAACUCUCUGAUCUGAUAAACUGGAAGUAUGUGAGCUCUGCCCUGAAUAUAUACAUAUAUAACAUGCACUUGAAGUUUUCUUGGACCCCUGAUCUAGUGUUCUUGUAUUUGCAACCUCACCCUGUUGAUAUGUUCAGAAUUCAUGAUAAGCCAUGAUUUAUCAUGAUGAGAAUGGCCCAUGAUGAGCCUGGGACUUGUGCAGUCUCCCCCUCUUCUCAUUUCUUAAUAUGGCCAUGAAGAUGUGUUCAGAAGCUUUUUCUUCACUUUUUCAUAAACUGCAACUUGUCAUUUUAUCUAUAUCAAAAAACUUGUGGUUAAAAUUAUGAACUUUAUUUUGGUGGCUUGGACUUGAUUAAAUGCUUUACGUUUUUGAAAAUAGUCAUCUUCAUGCAAUAUGAUUUGAAGCUGGCUUAUUUCAGCAAACUGUAAUUAUCUGCCACAGCAGAGUUCAGACUUAAUGCUAAUCUGAUACAUUAAAUUUCCCUAUAUCCUCCUAGCUGCCUGAGGAAGGAGGAGGGACAAUGUGAGUCCAAGGUUCACAAAAGCUCAUUCUUGUCGUAAUAAGCCAUGCUAUAUUAUGAUCAUGGAAAGCAGCCAAUGCCAAGUGCAAAACAAGAGGAUAGGUUACUUUCGCAUUGUAAAAAAAAGGGAUUGAACUGAACAUUAUGCUGAAAGUUUUCAUUUGUGUUAUGGCUAUGUGGUGUGAAAAGUUUUCUUUAAAGUUCCAGUAAUAAGAAAAAUAUUUGUCAUCUUUUAGAUACCUAUUUUUCCCCUGCAAAUAUGGUUGGGUCAAUUUAUAUAAUAUUUUGAUAUGAUUACCGACUGGUUAAUUCAUGUUGUACAUCUUUUUAGUGUGUUUAAUAGAAUGUAUUUGUGCAAGCACUUAAGAUCUACCAGAAAUGUAACCAGCUUACAUGCCCAAUCAGAAAAUACUUGCAAGGUCAUAUAGUCUGAAAUCUGGGUAGUGUUGAGCUUUGAGAUACAACUUGAUGGAUAUUAGCAAGCAUUUUGUUAUCAACUGUAUUAAGCUAAAUUAGCUUUAGACAUUUUUCAGAUAUACUUCAAACCUAUCAGCAAAGAGGUUGUCUCCAGAAUCCAUUUACCUGGAAGAAAUUCAUGUUGAUUGAAAUUAAAUUCCUUCUGUGGCAGUGUUCUAAAGUUCACUGCAUGAAUUACACAAAAGUUAAAAUCAGGGUAAGUUGUUUCCAAGACAUAGCACUAAAAACAAAAUAUUAACAUUAGCAUUUUACCACUUCAGCAACUUGUUUCCUAUUUAGAUUUGUAUGAGAUGAGGGAUUUAAGACGUGCCAAACUGAAGCAGUAUAUUUUUAGCAAAUAAAGGCUGCACCAAAGCCAUAAUAUAAUAAGAAUAGAAAGGAUUUAUUUAAAAAAUAUUUAGAAAAAUGAGAAUUCUUUGUCAUGCUAGAAACUGGAAAUAGUAACUUACUUGUGAUCAUUUGCAAAGAGCCUUAACUAGUUUAGGCUUAUUUUGUAAGCAAGUGCCAGUGAGAGGUUUGGGUAUUAUUUUCCUAAACUUGAUUGUACUGUGUAUGUGUUGAAUGGGUUGUCUGAUUCGUAUGUGAUAAACAUACAAUUUUGAAGUGUAUAUUCAGCAGUGCUCUAUGAAGCUAGUUUAUUUUUGCUCAAAGCAAAUUAUUUCGUUAAACAUUUGCACGGUGUAUAAUGCAAUCUAGGUUGAAAAUAUUACUGACUGACCUUACCCAGUCUGGUCUUUUAAAGCCAAAAAGACUUGCUUCUAAAUAAAUUUGAUUUAGAAUUA